UCCCAGGUUUCAGUCUAACUUGACGCAGCUGUUGCAUGAAACUGUGAAAACAUGACCCAACGGCAGGCACACGCCGACACAAAGACAAGCAAAACACCUCCGGCACGGAUCCAACUCCCUGGUGUUUAAACAGGAACUACAACGAGCGUCCUGAAGAUUCAUAUCACCGCCGAGUUUGGACGAUCGUUUCCCGGUUGGAGUUACUGUGAGAGAUGGGUGUAUGACUGGCCUGAAGUUUGCCAAUCCUGCACACUGACUGUGCAAAUAUGGACAGUUAGGUGGCUUCCUUUGGACCAAACGCAGCGACACAGUAACGCCACGUACGACGACGACGGGAAAGCAGACAAUACAAAAGCUUCCGGGGGGGUUGUAUGAUUGCCUGCAGUGGAGCGGCGGGUCUGUCAGUUACAUGUAAUGAGGAAUCGGCGAUGAUCAACUCGGAGGAAAGUUUGGAGAGACGGCGCAUCAGAGGAAAUAUGUUGGAAGCCAGUUCCAAAUAAAGUGGCCACUCAGUCUUAUCAUUGCGCGGCGUAUACAACAAAAUCACUAUGUGCGAAGUGGCCGUGGAGGAGCAGGACAGGGAGAUCUCGGACUUGGAGCAGUGCUCCUCGGUGGCGGAGAAUGGGGUCAUGCUGGUGGUCAAUCACAGCCGGGUACGUCCUCCCUUCGGCGUCUUGCUGGCCACCGCGCUCUACUGCGCCGAGUUCGUCACCGCCGCGGUGCUCUGCAGCAUGUACCACAACACCGAGGAUGUGAUCUGGAUGAGCUUAACCAUCGUCUUCAUGCUGAUGCCCGCUGUGCUCAUUCAGCUAACCUUAACUUUCAUCCACAGAGACCUGGGUCGGGACAGACCUCUGGUUCUCUUACUGCACCUAUUGCUGCUGGGCCCGAUUAUCAGGUGUUUCGAGGCCCUGGUGAUCUAUUUCAAGGCAGGUAAAAAUGAAGAGCCUUAUGUCACCAUCUCCAGAAAGAUCACCCUAAAGAAGGGACAGGGGACACAAAUGGAAUGGGAAAUUGGCCAAAAGGAGCGCAUGCUGGCCACGCACAUGAACGCCUUCAAACGCACCGCGGUUAUCCAGGCUUUUCUGGGCUCCACGCCUCAGCUGACGCUCCAGCUGUACGCCACCAUCCAGGAGAAAUACAUCCUUCCUACAAGAACUGUGCUGAUGGUCAUCACCCUGAUCUCCAUCACUUACGGGGCUCUCGUGUGCACCGUUCUGGCCAUCCAGAUCAGAUACGAUGACUACAAAGUACGGUUGCACCCCAGAGCUUACCUGUGCAUGAUUGUGUGGAGAGGCUUGGAGAUUGCCACCCGUAUCACCGCGCUGGUCCUCUUCAGCACGGCACUCACUUACUGGACGAUCCUUGUCGCUGUAGCUAAUCUGCUUUUCUUCUUCUUCCUCCCGUGGGUUGAGUUCUGGGCCAGGAAAGGCUCUCUAACUCAGAAUGUGGAGAAAAACUUUUCCAAGUUGGGCACCACGGUGGUGCUAUGCAUGUUCACGUUGCUGUACGCCUGCAUCAACAUCUUUUGCUGGUCGGCGGUGCAGCUUGACCUUACCCAUCAAGAGCUCAUCGAGAGGAAGCAGCGCUGGGGCCACCUGGCUAUGUACUACUGUGGACGCUUUGUUGAGAACUUCCUCCUCAUUACGCUCUGGUACUUCUUCAAGUCAGACUUUUAUGAGUACGUGUGCGCCCCGCUGUUGGUGGUCCAGCUGCUGAUCUGCUACAGUCUGGCCGUGCUCUUCAUGCUGCUCUUCUACCAGUUCUGCCACCCUUUCAGGCGCCUCUUCAAGUACAACGUCCACGACUGCCUGCACUGCGCCUGCUGCCAUAAAAGAAGGGGCAGAGAGCAGGGGAGGCGAGGGAAGCCGGGACACUCGUACUCCACGGCAGCCACCAUGGUGCUGGCAGCAGAGGAGCCGGUGGAGCUGCUGGACACUCAGGGCUCACAACCUCCUGACCUCACCAGUCAGCUGGCAGAGCGAGAGACAGAUAUUGUUGAAGAUCUGAUGGAGGCAGCCUGAGAAAUCCUCUGAACGAAGCCUGAACGAACACAGAACAUGUGUUGUGUUUUUUGAGUAAGUGAGGUGGCAUGUUAGAGAACAAACUUUUGUCUUUUUCUCUUAAAUUCAAACUUCUCGUUCUGCAAGGUAUUUAGGGUGACUCCUGAUAUUCUUAUUAAAGAUGAAUGUGUACACUUAGAGCACUGCAAGGCCCCAAUAUGCCAAAUAACGCAGCAUGCUGAGAUAUGCAGCGACGCACAAAGGCCGCUGUUGAGAGGGCUGUGUCAGCCAGGUGUGAGGGGAACGUGCCAAGUGGGUAUGAAAUAAACCAAACACUGAUCAGGAGACCCCACCGUUUACUAAAUCUCAGGGUUUUCACACCAUGAAGGCCCUUUUGCACAUGUGCUGAGACUUUUUUUUUUUUUUUUUUUUAAAGAAAAACAAGAGGAAGACAAGAAAAGGUCAGAAGAUUAAUCUUCCUCAUACCAACUGCUGUGAUGAAUGACUCCUUGUCUUGUUCAGUGUUCACUGUGGCUGCCUUUUGUUUCUUAAAAAAAAAAAAGGGCUUUGUGUUGCAAAACGGAAAAUAAUAAAUGUCAAAAUCCUGUGAGAGUUCAGUGUGUUCUCUGUAGCACAGAGGUACCAGAGAAUUAGCCUUAUAUUUGAUGUUGCAUUAACAAGACUGACGCUAAAUGAACUGCUUUACUGAAGUGCUUUGAAAUGUUGCUUUUUUUGUUUGUUUGUUUUGUCCUGUUAAUACAGUGCCUUCACUACUACUGCUGUGUUAC